ACGGCUAUAGCAUUCUGGUAGUAUGAUUGAUUAUCGCUGCUGUCACGCAAAACGCAUAUUAUGCUAGAUGAGAUAUGUAGAUGGUGCAUCGAAUGUAAAGGGAUUGCUAUAUGUGAGAAAGCGGCAUGGUUCGUACAAAUUUUGCGGAUUUUUCGCAACGUAUGAACUGCGAAGCCAAAAGGGUUAUACUUCAGCUCACUUUAAAAUCAAUUAUCAAAAAUAUAUUAGCCAGUGGUGAAUGAAUUAGUGCGAACCACAAGUAACCAUUGAUGUGUAUGACCGAGUGGUCGAAAUCUAGACUAGAUUGUGAGUAAUUCUCAGCUACUCGAAUAGUAAAGCCUUAUAGGAGUAUAUUUUAGAAUAUAUAUGUUCAUGAAUCACUGCAAGUUUUCGAGCGAUCGUACAUCCCAAAUGGCAGCCCAACAAUUACUUUGGCGACUGCGUCAUCAGCAUUUUUGGAGAAAAAUGAGCGACAUAUAUUUUGAUUGUCCGGAAGUGCUCAUUUCGUAUUUGCGCUCCUUACUGUCCGAGAUAGUUUUUUCCAGACAUGAAAAAUGCUUGAUUUGGACAUGAUUGGAUCCUAAAAGAUAAAAGUGUAAGUGCAACAUGGGCCACUGAUAUCUGUCCUAUUUGCUCUAUGCACGCACCAAACCUUAGAGUCAAUCAGUCAUUACUGCGCUGUCGGCAUUCUGUAAGGAAUAGACCAUUACCAUCCGAAACAAGAGGCGGUCUUGAAACAGCUUGACCAGAAGCAACGCUUCAUUUUACAAUACUUCAACACGUCGUGGCCUGAGCAUUCACACAUGAACUAUCCAAAAGUAGCAUUCGGGAUUUACAAUCCUGGCAAUGGGAGAGCUGGCGAAUCGUUAUAAAAAAGCCAUGUCCCUUUGACCUUGUUCGACGUCGUUCAGUACGCGGGCUAAAUAACCUGCAAGGCGUUAUUCAGUAUGUGCACAUUUGCACUAAUAAGCCGUGAUGUACGUGACAUUAUUGUCUUCCUUGCUGAAGGGCGCUUAAGUCCUCAAUUACUGAUUAACAAAAUUUGAGAUUGCUUUAUCGAAUUGUAUCACCACAGUAUACUAUACUUAACCAAUUUUAGUUGUUUACUUCGAAAACAACUCUACUAUAUUGUCAGAAAUAUUUUGUCUGGAUUGAACCCCAAUUCUUCAAUACAAUGCCUGAAACUUCGAUGACCGAUGAGAUAUCUAGACUUUUUCGUUGUCGAAGACAGGGGAUUGUAGCUGGCGUAGCAGCAUUUGUACGUUCGGCUCAAAUGAUGUUUCUGACGAGUUUGGUCCCAAAAAGUUUGAUUGGACAAUUAAGAAGUUGUGAUCAGAAACCAAACAAAUGUGCUAUCGCAAGGUAAUAAACUUGAGAACACGUCGUUUCUAUAUGGCUUGUCUGUCAAUUCUCGGUGUUUGAGUAAUCAGAUGCAACCGAAGUCAGUCACGAACAACAUUGAUCGUGAAUGCUCACAAGUUGUAUUCGCAACCACGAAGCUACCUUUCAAGGCUCGCCACUGGUGAUCCCAUUCGUUUGUGAUUCUCGAUUGGCCAAACUGUCUGAUCAAUGUUCCUUAUGAAUAUAUAUAUCAGGAGCCACCAUCGGGUCUAUUGCAAUGGGGUUCUCCAAGAACGCUGAUGUCGCACCGAUGAAAUAUUUAUUCGUGCUCGAUCGAGGCGCACAUCUGUCGUCGCCGUUGUACUUGUUGUGAACGUGGCCGAACACUGAGAUCUCCGACUCAUCCACCACAAAAAGUGGUAAAACUGAAUUUGUUUUUUUUGUGAUUGGGCACAUAAAUGCGGUAAAUUGCUCGGUGUGCUAUGAACAGUCGCAUUCAAGCCGGUGCGGCAGAGACAGCUCGAUAUCUGUUUUGAAAAGAGCUGGUGGAUUUUAGUAUAAGUUCCGAAUUAAUUAAUUUGCA